UAUUCAUAUUCAAAGUUAGUGAACCGACUCAAAUAAUACAGAUGGAAUGGAAGGGCGGGUAAGCGGGCUUCCGGAUAAAAAGGGGCCCCCAAUAUCCGGUGGGGCCCACGGAGAUGGAAACUGUAAAUUGUCGAGCAACUUUAUUGUACUUGCACUCAGCUAAGCUCAAACUUUCCCAAAAUUAGGGUUUUACACUCUUCAUAUCUUCACCUUCCCUACAAUGGACCCAACCAAGAAGCGCAAAAUGGAAGAAACCGGCGCCGACCCCGACGCCUUCAACCCCCUCAUGCUCACCGUCGACGACGCCCGCCGCAUUCUCGACUCGCUCACCCACGACCAGCUGCUGGAAAUUGUCCAAAACGCCCUCCUCCGCCACCCCGACGUCCUCGACGCCGUCCGAUCGCUCGCUGACCGCGACACCGCGCAGAGGAAGCUCUUCAUCCGCGGCUUGGGCUGGGAAACCACCACGGAGAAGCUCCGCGCGCUCUUCUCUUCGUACGGCGAGUUGGACGAGGCGGUUGUCAUCCUCGAUAAGGUCACCGGGAAGUCCAAGGGAUACGGAUUCAUCACUUUUAAGCACAUUGAUGGUGCGAUUAUGGCGUUGAAGGAUCCGAGUAAGAAAAUUGACGGUAGGAUGACGGUGACGCAGCUCGCCGCCGCUGGGAUUUCGGGGGGCGGAGGGCCUGCGGCGGGUGGCGGUGGUGGUGGCGGUGGUGGGGUGAACAAUCCGGUGGAUGUGUCGAUGAGGAAGAUUUAUGUGUCCAAUGUGCCGUAUGAUAUGGCGGCUGAGAGACUUCUUCAACAUUUCUCCAUGUAUGGGGAGAUUGAGGAGGGACCGUUGGGUUUUGAUAAGGCAACUGGGAAGUCCAAGGGGUUUGCUUUGUUUGUUUAUAAAACGGCUGAGGCUGCUAGGGCGUCGCUAGUGGAUCCGGUUAAGAGUAUUGAUGGCCACCAAUUGAAUUGUAAAUUGGCAAUUGAUGGGAAAAGAGGAAAGCCCCCCGGGGUUGGGCCGAUGGGUGUCCAAGGGGGUAAUAUGGGGAAUGGGGAUGGAGUUGGGGCUCCUCCAUCUGGUGGGCAUUAUGGUGGGCCCGGUGGAGUAGGCGGGCAUUAUGGUGGGUUUUCUGGUGGUUUAGGUACUGGUGUAGGUGGUCCAGGAUUGUCUUCUAUAGGAAGUCAAGCCGCAGGGUCCAAUCUUGGGGUUAAUGGUGGGUAUGGUUCUGGGAUGGGUGGGCCGUAUGGUGGUGGUUCUCAUGUUGGAACUGGUUAUGGAUAUGGUGGCAGUGGUGGUGCAUUGGGGGGAGCUGGAAGUGGGGUGGGCUCUGGAGCAGGAUUAGGUGGUGUUGGUGGUGGUGGGUUUUCUGGUCAUGGAGCUGGAAUGGGUGGUGCUGGUGGUGGAGCUGGUGGGACUGCUGGUGGAUUGGGUGGUGCAGGUCGCGGGUCAUCUUUGUAUGGUCUGCCUCCUAGCUCAGGUGGAAUGGUGUCAGGAGAUUACCCGCCGAGCUCACAUUAUAACUUAUCAUCCGGAAGCUAUCAAGGCCAACAUAAUCAAAUACCAGGAGCACUGUCAGCACCUAGAAUUCCACCUGGAGGAGCCUACCAAGGGAUGCCCCCUUACUACUGAGGUUUAUGACCAGCUUGUUGGUGCUAGCCUUAGUGGUUCUGGUGAAUUUGCAGGCAAUGGCUUCAUGAUUUUGAUUUGCUGUGUUAUAUGGCUUCUUCUUCUUCACUCCACCUACGACUUAUGAUGUGAUCUUCUGUGAUUGCUCAUAAUUUUAAGUGAGUUUAGACCUCCUUUCUGCAAAAUUUCAGUAGAGUGUGGAUAUAGGUGAUCAAAAGCCGAGUACUAGACUAGUCUAUAUUUUCAUGAGGAGCUUGCAUGCCCCUCCAGAUGUCUCAUGUAUGAAAGAAUUUUUUGCUGCUUGUUUUUAUAAUGAGUUGUUUAACA